AUGAGCGCCUGCGGCAGCGCCGGCGUCGGCGGGGCCAUCAUCCCCUCGUCGCGCUUCCUGCGCCGCCGCGCCGCCGUGCGGGACCUGGGCGGGGACGCGGCCGGCGACGCCGACGCCGACGCCUUCUGGACCGCCGCGCCCCGCCUCUACGACUUCUCCCAGCAGCGGCCCGCGCGGCGAUCUCCCUCGCCGGAGCCGAGCAGCCCGUGCCUGCUCGCCCGGAAGCGGCACGUGGAGCGGUCCCCGUCGCCGCCUCCGGCCCCGCGGCGCUCGCCGGCGUCGGGCGGGACGACAACGACCUGCCUGCUCUCUGCCCUUCACCGCACCUGCGUGGGGUGGGGCGUCACGAGGCGCGCCGAGUACCCCAGCCGGCAGCAGCACCGCCCGGGUUCCCCCACCGCUUCUGGACUCGGGAUGCGCGUGCACCAGCUGGCGGCGGCUCGGUUCGUGGACGAGGACGAGGAGAGCACCAGCGGCGCCGUCAAGAGGAGGAGCAAGUGCCUCGGGGUGGUGGUGGGCAAGAACGAGCAGCAGCAGGAGGAGGUGGCGCCGGCGGCGGUUGGUCAAGAUCAAGAGAGCGGCCGUGAUGAGGAGGAGGAGGACAAGCCCGUGGUGGACAAGGCGAGGAAGGCCAGGAGCAGGAAGAGGGCGAGGUGGAGCGUCCUGCCGCGCCGGCGCCGCGGCGCCGCCAGGCGCGCCAAGAAGCCCCCCCGGGUCGUCAAGGAGGAGCAGGAGACGUCAGGCGAGGCGGCGGACGAGGACGUCAAGCCCGCGGAAGAGGACGUCAAGCCCGCGGUCGCGGUGAAGGCGGAGGAGGAGCCGAGGGAGGGGAAGAGGGCGGCGGCCACGACGAGUGGACGUGCCCCCGACGCCGCCAAGCGCGCCAAGAGGACGACCCCUGCGAAGCAGGAGGAGAAGAAGGGGGAGGUGGCAGCGGCGGCGGCGGAGAGCAAGCCCGCCAUCGCCACUCCCGACCCCGCCUCGCCGCGCGGCAAGGUGGACCGGUGGUCGGCGUGGCGGUACGCGGCGGGCGAGGCGACGCUCGUCGACAUCCUGCGCGAGCGCGGCGCCACCGCCGGCAAGCCCGUGCCGCGCGCCGACCUGCGGGCGCGGGCGCGCCGCCACAUCGGCGACACCGGCCUCCUCGACCACCUCCUCCGCCACGUAGCAGACAAGGUCCCCGCCGGCAGCGCCGACCGGAUCCGCCGCCGGCAUAACCCGGCCGGCGGCCUGGAGUACUGGCUCGAGCCCGCCAGACUGGCGGCCGUGCGGCGGGAGGCUGGCGUCGAUGACCCGUACUGGGUGCCGCCGCCCGGGUGGAAGCCCGGAGACCCCGUGUCGCCCGAGGCCCGCACGCUCGAGGUGCAGAAGCAGGUGGAGGAGCUCACCGGCGAGCUUGCCGUCGUAAAGAGGCAAAUGAAGCGGCUCGACUCCAAUCUGGUGCAAGUGAGCAAGGAAGCCUACAUCUCAUGGAAGGUAGCUACCCUCAUUGGUGUAAAUAUGUUGGAAAAAGAGGUGCUGUCCUUGGAGGAGAAGUAUGAGAAUGCGGCACAGGUGAAUGGGGAGCUGAAAGAGCUGCUGCUGUUACUGAAGGAUAAGUAUGAUACUGUGCUUGAGAAGAAUGAGAAACUGGAGGGCCAGAUGGUUGCUCUGUCCACUUCUUUCCAGUCCAUGAAGGAAGAGUUGCUCCUGCAGAGAAUUGAAGAACAGCCUCUUCUGAUGCUAGCGCAAGAGCCUUGGGAAGGUGACAAGCAAGAAGCCGGUGCGAACAAUGCUUUGCUCCUCCCCUCACCAGCCUUGCCAAUCCAGGUCCAGCCUCUGCCAUCAACAACCAUGGUCAUGGGCGACCUCAACCUGCAGCUCCGGCACACGGACACGUCGUCGUCGUCAUCAGGACCAUGCGGUGCCAAGGCGCUGAAGCUCGACGCCGGAGCUGGAGGUGUCGAGGUUGGCACCGAUCUGGUCCUGGCGACUCCCACCUACUGA